AUGCCUUCGAUCGCACAUGCAAAACACAGCUGGUCUCCAAACUACCGUCGUCACAUGGAUGAGAAUCAUUCGAAUGGUGUAACCAACGAAGACAUGGCCAUCAAUCUACUGCAAACCCAGUUGGAACUGUCUCUUAUACGGGAGGACUUCCAAGACCAGUUGCGUGAGCUCCGUCAGGCAAUUAAUCGACACUUGGAUGCCAUGAACCUUGAGGUCGAUGACGUUCGCGCUGGUGAGUUGGAUAUCUCAAAUAUGGUUACUGAUCUUAAAAAUCAUUUCGUUUCUCUGCAAGGAGCAUAUGUGAAGAUGGUCUUCCAGCACAACAAACGUAAGAAGCUGAAGUAUUGUAUUGGGAUUGUUGGUUUUGUUACUGUGUCUGUGGUGACGUAUAUGUUCUUUAAAUUUGGUGGUGGUGUUGCCUGGGCUGCUGAUGGUCAUCGUUUUUUGAUGAAGUUUUUUGUCGAUGAUCUGUAA